CACAAUCAAAACAAUGCAAAUAGAUGAAGUUGUCAAAGACAGAAAAACUAAUAAAAAAGUAAUAUAGGGAAAACUGGUAAACGAUUGUAGAUAGAAGAAACUGCAACACAAAAAUUUCACAAGAGAAAUUUACAGAAAACUGCAUUUAAAAGUUUGUUAAGUCUCUAAAAACUAUAAAAAGGUUUAUUUUUAUAGAAAUAUUUGAAAGGUGAAAUAGUAGAGAGGAUUAAGAGUUUAAAAGCGCUGCUUGCAAACACUGCAAAGGCAAGCAGAAAUACGAAGUGAAAAAAAUAUGGCUUGUGCAGCAACUUCUGGCAAAGAAACGAAGACUGCAGUGAAUACUUCAAAUGGUAAUACAAGUGUAAUUGGAUCGAGCGGUGUUGGAAAUACAAAUACUGUUGGUGCAGCCGGAUUAGUGAAUAGUGCAGGGGGCGGCGGUACGGUAGCUGGUGCCACGACAGGUGCUGGCGUAGCGGGAGGAACGGGUGCUGGCAGUUCCGUAGGCGGGGCGGGCAAUGGUGGCGGUGUUAGUGGCAGUAGUGGCGUUGCGGGAGCCAACGGUUCUUCCGGUGGAGCUACGGGCAAUUCGAAUGCUAAUCGACAGGCACGUUUCGCCAUGGAAGGUGUUGGUGCACGUGUAAUACGUGGCCCGGAUUGGAAGUGGGGCAAGCAGGAUGGUGGUGAAGGUCACGUAGGCACCGUACGCAAUUUUGAAUCUUCCGAAGAGGUCGUUGUCGUUUGGGACAAUGGCACUGCGGCCAAUUAUCGCUGUGCCGGCGCCUAUGAUCUACGCAUUUUGGAUAGCGCACCGACCGGCAUCAAGCAUGAUGGCACUAUGUGCGAUACCUGUCGUCAGCAGCCCAUUUUCGGUAUACGUUGGAAGUGUGCCGAAUGUAUUAAUUACGAUCUGUGUUCGAUCUGUUAUCACGGGGAUAAGCAUCAUUUGCGUCAUCGCUUCUAUCGUAUCGCCACACCAGGUGGCGAGCGUAUCAUGUUAGAGCCACGACGCAAAUCGAAGAAAGUGGCAGUGCGCGGCAUAUUUCCGGGUGCACGUGUAGUACGUGGCGUCGACUGGCAGUGGGAGGAUCAAGAUGGUGGUGUGCUGCGACGUGGCAAAGUGAAUGAAAUACAAGAUUGGUCCUCAGCAUCGCCGCGUUCAGCCGCCUAUGUGGUGUGGGAUAAUGGCGCAAAGAAUUUGUAUCGUGUUGGUUUCGAGGGCAUGGCGGAUUUGAAGGUCGUUAACGAUGCCAAAGGCAAUACGGUUUAUCGCGAUCACUUACCGUUAUUGGGUGAAAAUGGCCCUGGCAAGGGACCACAUGGUUUUCAGAUUGGUGAUAAAGUCACCGUUGAUUUGGAUUUAGAAAUUGUGCAGUCAUUGCAACAUGGUCACGGCGGUUGGACUGAUGGCAUGUUCGAGUGUCUCAAUAAUCCCGGCAUUGUGGUCGGUAUCGACGAAGAUCACGAUAUUGUGGUUGCCUAUAAUUCGGGCAAUCGUUGGACUUUCAAUCCCGCAGUAUUGACAAAAGUAUCCUCACCCACAACAGCGCCACCAGAGUUCCAAGUGGGUGAUAUAGUGAAGAUCUGCUCCGAUGUGGAGAGUAUUAAGAUGUUGCAACGCGGCCAUGGUGAAUGGGCAGAUGCUAUGCAGUUGACACUUGGCAAAUUGGGCCGCGUACAACAAGUUUAUCACGAUAAUGAUUUGAAGGUGGAAGUGGGCAACACCUCAUGGACAUAUAAUCCGUUAGCCGUCACUAAAGUGGCUUCUGCAUCUGCUGAUGGCAGCUGUGUGCCAGUCAUUUCGAGCGGCGAACGCUUGUCAGCUAUAUUAAAGAAACUUUUCGAACCGAAUGUGUCCGGUGAUGCCACCGAGGAAUUUGUUAAAGCCGCCGCAAAUGGUUAUGCAUCACGCUGUGAGGAGUACCUCGCUGGCAAUGUGCAGGCGGCUACAUCCACCGCGGCCGGUGCAGCCGCUGCUGCCACACAAGCCACCGUACCCGAUGUGAAUGGUGUAUUCGCCGGUCACACAGCACUGCAGGCCGCCAGUCAAAACGGCCACACCGAUGUCAUACAAGUGUUGUUGCGUCACAAUGUCGAUGUUGAGAUCGAGGAUAAAGAUGGCGAUCGCGCCGUACAUCAUGCUGCUUUCGGCGAUGAGCCAGCAGUGAUUGAAAUACUCUCCAAGGCAGGCGCUGAUUUGAAUGCGCGCAAUAAACGCCGUCAGACAGCGCUGCAUAUUGCGGUCAAUAAGGGGCACUUGAAUGUGGUCAAGACUUUACUCUCCUUGGGCUGUCAUCCGAGUUUGCAGGAUUCCGAAGGUGAUACACCACUGCACGAUGCCAUAUCAAAGGAACAUGAUGAAAUGCUUUCGCUAUUGCUUGACUAUGGCGCAGACAUAACGCUCACCAACAAUAACGGUUUCAAUGCGCUGCACCAUGCCGCACUCAAGGGUAAUCCGAGCGCUAUGAAAAUAUUACUCACCAAAACGAAUCGUCCGUGGAUUGUGGAGGAGAAAAAGGAUGACGGCUAUACGGCGCUGCAUUUGGCCGCCUUGAAUAAUCACGUCGAAAUCGCUGAGUUGCUCGUGCACAUGGGCAAGGCGAAUAUGGAUCGGCAAAAUGUGAACUUGCAGACCGCUUUGCAUUUGGCCGUCGAGCGUCAGCAUGUGCAAAUUGUUAAGCUGCUUGUGCAGGAGGGUGCCAAUUUGAACAUACCAGAUAAAGAUGGCGAUACGCCACUACAUGAGGCAUUGCGUCAUCAUACACUGUCGCAGCUGAAGCAGUUGCAAGAUGUCGAAGGUUUUGGCAAGCUAUUGAUGGGGCUACGUAAUCCGAAUAAUAAAAAGGCCUCUGCAUCGAUUGCCUGCUUCCUCGCAGCGAAUGGCGCUGAUUUAACGCUGAAGAAUCGUAAAUUACAAACACCACUUGAUCUGUGUCCCGAUCCGAAUUUGUGUAAAACACUCGUCAAAUGCUACAAUGAUCGUAAAACCGAUGAUCCCGAAUUGCCAGGCAAUGUGGCCGGCACCAGCUUGAAUGCGCGCGCACGCGCACUCGCUACACCAGCCAGCGUUAUGGGUGGCGCUAACAGUGGCGUUGGCAGUUUGAACUCUUUGGCGGUGUCUGUGGUGGGCGCUGCUGGCGGUGUUGGUGGUGGUGGUGGUGCUGGUGGCGGCGUUGGUGUUGCCGCCAUAACGUCCAGUAUGCACCAAUCCGUUGCAGCUAAUCUGCCAUUGGGCACGGUAAUGAAGGGUGGCGCUGUAAGCGGUGUUGGUAUGAACAGCGUUGCGGCUGAUGUGCGCAAUAGCAAUACAAGUGGUGGCUUAAAUAGUUUGGCUAAUGAUCUGUCGCAAUCGUUGCAUGCCGCCAGUGAUGCCGUGAAGCAGUCCACCUUGGAGGAGUGUCUUGUUUGCUCGGAUGCCAAGCGCGAUACGGUGUUUAAGCCCUGCGGCCAUGUGUGUUGCUGUGACACUUGUGCACCGCGCGUCAAAAAGUGUCUCAUUUGUCGCGAAACCGUUACAUCACGUGAGAAAAUCGACGAAUGCUUGGUGUGCUCCGAUCGACGUGCUUCCAUAUUCUUCCGUCCAUGCGGUCAUAUGGUCGCAUGCGAAAAUUGCUCGGGUCUCAUGAAGAAAUGCGUGCUUUGUCGCACACAAAUCGAAGAGAUGCUGCCGUUCUCACUAUGCUGUGGCGGCGCUGGCAUUGCCGAGAAGGUACAUGGCGUUGGUCAUUGCUUAACCGAUGACAAGUCCAAUGAAAUGCAUUGCGUCAAUACUUCAGGUCAUGGUGUGGCCAUGAAUAAUACCGUGCCUGGCGCUAUGAGCACACCCGUCGCCAGCGCCAAUCAACUGAACAGUCAAAACAAUAUUUUGGCUGCUGGCAAUGCUGCUGCUGCUGGCGCCACAGCAAGCGCCGCCAGUGUGCUGUUGGCACCAUCCAAUGUCAAUAACUUUCAAAUGGACGAUGUGCAGAAACUCAAGCAGCAAUUGCAGGAUAUCAAGGAGCAGACAAUGUGUCCCGUUUGCUUUGAUCGCAUCAAGAAUAUGGUAUUUCUUUGUGGUCAUGGCACUUGCCAAAUGUGCGGCGAUCAGAUUGAUGGUUGUCCGAUUUGCCGUAAAACUGUGGAGAAGCGUAUAUUGCUCUUUUAAGCAAACAAACAACAACAACAACAAAAUAUUAUAUUAUUAUUCUCAUAUAUAUAUAUCAUCUUUAACUGCGCUUCGAAAUUCACCACUCCUCCUCUGUAUAUCAAGCGUCUACUCAGCUAUUUUUCCAAACCCUGCAACAUUUACCACCAACAAUUGCAUUACAUAUGCAUGCGUUGUGUACUCUAUACAACUGAAAUUUUCUGUAUUUGCCACUCAAUACGCGAAUACUAUAUGCUAUAAAUCGUCUGUAUUUCUAUAAACUCGUAUAAACUUUAUAUGCAUAAUGGAUAAAUGUAUUAAAAACGUACAUAAAAGGUUAAUUUCUUGUGCAAUUUAUACACAAAAUGUACUAAUAUUUUAUACUCACCACAUCAUCAGCUCAUGCGUAUUAUUACAAAUUACAUACAUACAUAUAUAUUUUACUAAACACGUAAUUAGUUGCUACAUAGCGCUUAGAAAGUUAAAAAUUCUAAUAAA